GGCGUUGGCUUGUGUCUUUCCUGUCAUCAAUGUGCUUCCCUGUGAUGUGUGUCCUUCCAGAAUGACACCGAGGAGAGGAUGAUGUCUGAGAACACCGGCACGAUCAACGAGAGGACUGAGUCUCUGAACCGCUCUCUGCAGAAAAGCAACAGCAUCAAGAAGACCCAGCCUCCCAUCCCCAUCUCCAAGAUCGACAACAGGCUGGAACAGUACACUCAUGCCAUAGAGACGUCCUCUAUGGAAGCCAAAGCAGCCAGGCAGCAGGCUCUGGCGGACCUGCCCAGCCCCACUGAGCCUGUGGCCUCCAAGAAGAAUCUGUUUGAGGCCGGGGAAGCUUGGAGCCAGCCGCCCAGGGAAACACCUUCCAAGGAUACAGAGGGUCUGAAUGUAGGCGUGGCCGACCUCAUCCACCAAUGGGUGAAAGGGAACCCAGACGGAAGCUGCAAAAGCCUCUCCAAGCCAGCGGAGGUGAAGGCCGGUGAUGUUCUGAGCAAGAAGAACCUCUGGGAGAAUCUAGGAGACUCUUCCCCGUCUGGGAGAGCAGGGAAGGGAGCUUCCUCUGGUAAAAAGUACAAAUUUGUGAUGAUGGCUCACGGCAAGUAUGAGAAGGUUGCCGUCGGUGAUGAUGAUUACAACGAGCACACAAACGGGAAAUCAAGUAAGACUUACUUACAUCCAGUUAGUAAUGUAUCAUCAUGUCUGUCCAGGAGAGAGAGGGGUCUGUUAGUAAUGUAUCAUCAUGUCUGUCCAGGAGAGAGAGGGGUCUGUUAGUAAUGUAUCAUCAUG